AUGGGUAAAGGAACAGACAAGCUUUAUAUCACCCAUUCAGAAUGGUCUUCUUCUGACGCCUUCUCCGCCAGCGUCGGCGCUGGAGCUUCCUCUCGCAACCAACACAGCAACGCCUCCUUCCGUCGCCUCCCCUUCAACUUUUGCGCCGCCAGUCUUCAACCCUUCAAGAACCCCGUAUGCACACCCGACGGCACCAUCUUCGAUGUUGAGGUCAUCAGUGCUUGGCUCGACAAGCACCCUAACCAGAACCCCGUCAACGGCGAGCCCCUACAGAAGAAGGACCUGAUCCGUCUCAACUUUGCUCGAAACUCAGAGUCAGACUCUCUUGGAGCUGGUCUCAGCGAUGGAAAGGGCGACCUGAUCGACCCCGUCACAUACAAAGUCUUUACCGACAACACACACAUCGUCGCGAUCCGCCAUGGCACCUCCGCCAACGUCUUUGCUUGGGAUACGGUCGAGCGCAUGAAUAUCAAGGCCAAGAUGUGGGUUGACCUUGUGAGCGACGAGGAGUUUACACGCGCCGACAUUAUUACCCUCCAAGACCCUCAGAACGCGGCCAGUCGCAACUUGGAUCAGUUCAAGUACCUGAAGGACGGCCACGAGGCGCAACUCACCAAGGAUCAAGAGGAGGAGCGAAAGGCCGGAAACAUCAACUCCAACGCACUGGGAAGCAUGGGCGACAAGGUCUUGCGCGCAAAGGCGGCGGUGGACAAGGCGCGCAAGGCCCGAGAGCAAGGUGGCGACGUCAACCGCAGCUCAACAGCUCUGUCUAAGCCCGCUGUUGGUACCACCACCGUGGUCAGGCAGAAUAUGAUCAAGGACAAGAAGUUGGCAGCCAACUCGGCUGCUUACACCACAGGAAAGGCCGCCGCCAGCUUCACGAGCACAGGGCUAACGCCUGAAACGAGUGGCGAGAGGGCUCUCCUCACGGAUGAAGAGUACAUGCUCAAGCCGAAGCGCGUCAAGACGACAGGUUAUGCCAGAAUAGAAACCAACCUGGGUGACCUCACCAUUGAGCUGUACCCAGAGUUUGCGCCCAAGGCUGUGUGGAACUUUAUCAGGUUGUCGCAGACGGGCUUUUACAAGGGCGUGGCCUUUCAUCGAAACAUUCCCAACUUUAUGAUUCAGGGCGGCGAUCCGUCAGGGACAGGUCGAGGAGGGCAAAGUAUCUGGAACAAGUACUUUGACGAUGAGUUUGAGGGUCCCCAUACUCACAACGCUCGAGGAACAAUCUCAAUGGCUAACAAGGGCAAAAACACAAACUCGAGCCAGUUUUUCAUCACAUACAAGCCGACACCUCAUCUAGACCGCAAACACACCGUCUUUGGCCGCGUGGUCGCCAAUCUCGAUGUCCUCUCCAAGAUGGAGGAUGUUCCUACCGAUGGUUCUAAUCGACCACUCAACAAGAUCGUCAUCAAGGACAUUGUCGUCUUUCACGACCCAUUCGCCGAGUUUCAAACGCAAAAGAAGGAGCAGGAACGCCAGACCAAGGAACAGGAGGAGAUCCGCCUAAGGGGUGGCACUGACGAUGAUAAGACGACCUGGACCGGCAAGCGGAUACGGAACGAUGGAACUAUCGAGUCUGCCGGCGCCAAAGAGAGUGUUGGAAAGUAUCUCCAGGCCGCGGUACAGCAAAACACAUCAACAGCAAACGAGGCAGACCUGGACGAUUUUGAUACAUGGGAGGAGCCUGCACGCAAAAAGAUGAAGGGGAGAGGCUUCGGAAACUUUGACAACUGGUAA